AUGGCAGAAGACAGUUUCUCGGUAGCUCAUGAUCAGUUCACCUGUGCAGUGUGUCUGGACCCUCUGACGGAUCCGGUGACUACUCCCUGUGGCCACAAUUACUGUAAGGUGUGUAUUAAUCGCUUCUGGGAUCAGGAGGAUGUGAAGAGUGUCUACAGCUGUCCUCAGUGUAGAGAGAUUUUUGUUUCAAGACCUGUUCUACGCAGGAACAACAUGCUGGCUGAGAUGAUGGAGGAACAAAAUAACACUGAACUCCAAGCUGCGUCUCUAGCUCAAUGUUUUGCUGGACCUGGAGAUGUGGAGUGUGAUUCCUGCACUGGGAGAAAACGCAAAGCCGUUAAUUCCUGUCUGGUGUGUCAGGCAUCCUAUUGUGAAGAUCAUCUUCAACCUCACUAUCAGUCUCCUGCCUUUAAGAAGCACAAGUUAGUGGAAGCCGGUGCAGAUCUCCAAGAGAAGAUCUGCUCUCAGCAUAACAAACCGAUCGAGAUCUACUGUCGUACUGACCAAAGCUUCAUCUGUUACUUGUGUACGAUGGAUGACCAUAAAGGUCAUGAUACAGUUUCAACUAGAGCAGAAAGAAAUGAAAAACAGAAUGAACUAAAGCAGGAGCAGAUAAAAUCUGAGCAGAAGAUUCAGGAGAAGCAGAAGAAGGUGCAGGAGCUUAAACAGACUGUGGACAUUAUUAAGGUGCGUUCACAGGUAUCAGUAUAUGAGAGUGAGAGGAUCUUUAUUCAGUUGAUCAGCCUUAUGAAGAAAAAGCACUCUGAAGUGACGGAGCUGAUCAGAGCUCAGGAGAAAGCUGAACUGAGUCGAGCUGAACGACUCCUGGAGCAACUGGAGCAGGAGAUUGCUGAUCUUAAGAGGAGAGUCACUGAGCUGGAGCAGCUUUCACACACACACAGUGACAUCCACUUCCUCCAGAGUUUCCCAUCUCGCUGUGCUUCUCCUAGAUGUAAGGACUCACCCAGCUUGACUGUCAAUCAACAUCUUUCAUUUGAUGGCAUCAAGAAAUCUCUCUCAGAUCUGAAAAAACAAGUUGAGGAAACCUGUGAGGAGGAAUUCAACAAAAUUUAUCCACAUGCUGAAGAAUUAUUUCAGAUAUUAAAUCCACAACUGAAAAGAAAAACUGAUUUUCUGCAGUAUUUUAGAUCUCUGACUCUGGAUCCCAACACAGCACAUCCUGCCUUUAUUCUGUCUGAGGAGAACAGAUCAGUGACACGCAGUAAGACACGACAGGGAUACUCUGAUCAUGCAGAGAGAUUUGACUCCUGGCCUCAGGUGUUGUGUAAGGAGAGUGUGUGUGGACGCCGUUACUGGGAGGUGGAGUGGAGCGGUGAUGUGUACAUAUCAGUCUCAUAUAAAGAGAUCAGCAGGAAAGGACAGGGUGAUGAGUGUGUGUUUGGACGCAACAGUCAUUCCUGGAGUCUGGAGUGUUUUUCUUCCUCUGUCUCUUUCCGGCACAACAGCAUCAAGACUGAUCUCCAGGCUCCAGUUUCCUCCAGAAUAGGAGUGUAUGUGGAUCACAGUGCAGGAACUCUGGCCUUCUACAGCGUCUCUGACACGAUGAGGCUCAUCCACAGAGUCCACACCACAUUCACUCAGCCUCUGUACGCUGGGUUUAGUAUAUGGCAUAAUAACGCAACAGUGAGGUUAUAUGACUCAAAAUUAAAAUCAUAG